CGCUCUUAACUUGUACACUCUUUGGACAAAGUCAGCCAACAUGGCGACCGUUUGAAAGAAAGGGGUUGAAUGUUUGUAGUGCCAACAAAAAUGAGGCUGCCCCGUUGUUGCUUUGGGCUCCGACGAACCUAUUUGUUUUGGGCAAUUCUGCUAAUCCUCCUGGUUGGUGUAGUCUUGACAGCUCUGCUGCCACCUGCUGAGGACCAAAGAGGUGUUGCUGUCUUGGAGGUGCUACGAAGGGCAACUCCGCAAAAGCAGAAUCCCGCACAGGUUCACCACGCUGACAGCUCGGAGGAGGAGAAGUUUACCAUCAUCAUCCAGACUUACAACCGCACAGACGUUUUGCUCAAACUCCUAAACCAUUACCAGGGAGUACCUCAUCUUCAGAGAAUUAUCAUAGUAUGGAACAACAUUGGAGAGCAGACACCUGCAAAGCUGUGGAGCUCCUUGGGGCCUCAUCCGGUCCAGGUAGUCUUCAAGGAGCAGACCAGCAACCGAAUGCGCAACAGACUACAACCAUUCCCUGAAAUUGAUACUGAUGCUGUUCUGAUGCUGGAUGAUGACACUCUCAUCAGUGUACCUGACAUCAGUUUUGCUUUUUCUGUCUGGAAGCAAUUUCCAGACCAGAUUGUUGGGUUUGUACCAAGGAAACAUGUCUCAACGGCAGCAGGAGUGUACAGCUAUGGCAGCUUUGAGCUGCAGGAUCCAGAAACAGCAGGAGGUGACAUAUACUCCAUGGUGUUAAUUGGUGCUGCCUUCUUCCACCGCCACUAUUUGCAGCUCUUUCAGGACCAGCCUCAAGCAGUGCAUGCUUUAGUGGAUGAAACGCAGAACUGUGACGAUAUUGCCAUGAACUUUGCUGUAGCUCUGUAUUUAAGAAAACAAUCAAAGUUGGGCAAAAUGAACAGAGCCUCUGGGGUCUUUAUCAAACCCGUGGACCUCCGCAACCUAGAAAAGGAGGCCAGCAGUGGAUACCAGGGGAUGUGGCAUCGUCCCGAACACCUUCUCCAGAGGUCCUACUGCCUGAACAGGUUGACACAGAUCUAUGGCUUUAUGCCUCUUUCCUUCUCCAACCUGAUGGUCUCCCAGUUUGGCUUCCCCAGUUAUGCAAACCACAAAAGCAGGGGCUGAGGAAGUGCUGUAUUACUGAUUGCUCUGGAUAAAAAGUAGACGAGAUAUAGCGUUCUGCCCGGCAGUGAUGGACGCCUGAUUUUUGGACAGCGAGGAUUGUUAGAAGAAUUUGCUGCACAUGCCCUUGUCUGAUGAGACAUCCAUAUUUGAUAAACUAAUCUGUACUGUUUACCAGGAACUGCCUUAAAGUUACCUUGAAGCCAAAAAAGUGUCAAUCUUUGAUCUAUUUUGACAUCUUAACUUAACUUUAUCAGUAACAGAUUUAGACUGUCUUAAGAUGUAGGUAUGCUGUAGUUGUAUUUAACCCAAAAAACUUUCCACCAACGUAUCUGAAUAAAAAGGAAUUGUGAAAAGCAUU